AGACUCCCCAGUGUGAUGACUUCCAGAGGUGACGCGUGAAGAACAAUCUUGAAACGAGAGGUUACAAGUAGAUUCGUGAUGAAUAUGUAACUAGUUUGGAUCGCAAUGAACAUAAAAUGGACGAAGCAAAUUUUGGAAUACACGACAGUAAAACCACUCAAUGAGAUCCCUACAUGAACCGCAGAUAAAGGCACCGCAGUUACAAUAUAUGACUAGGAAACUGGAAAGCCCAACAGAAUAACGCCGAAUUACUUAGACGUAUAAACCUUUGAAAGAUUUUCGAAUUCUAUUAUCCAAAUAAAUGUGUCUCAUUAAUGUGACAUGAUGUACCAAAGGCGAGUGGAAGACUAUGAAGAUGAUAUUAAAGAUGGCGGUUUGACAUUAAACCCAAAUCUAACAUCUGAGUUGAACGGUAGUGACCUUCAUCGUGAAUGUUAUGACUGGUCAGAAUCGGCACACCCCCUCUUCAAGGUUGCCAUGGUGUUGUUCUUAGUGGCUUAUAUUACACCGGAUACUUAUAUGUUUCGUUAUAAACCAGUUGUGUUUCGAAUACUUGUUGCCUUGGGAACAAUUCCUUUGUUGAUAUGGGCGUCUAUCGUUGUAUGUUACACUGAUCUCUGGAGCUGGAAUCUCGUAUAUUUGAUAGCCAAUCUUUUGCAUUUUAUCAUCGUUGGAAUCAUGCUCUAUCCAGCUGGUUUCCCUAAAGAACUUGAGCAUAUAUAUGCAAAACUUUUCAAGCCAUUUAAAGUGUCCCGGACAGACUUUAAGGAAUUCGCCGCCCGGGGUUCUUUGUUGGAACUCGAUUCCGGGUAUAUCUAUGCCAUGGAACAAGUCACUGCUGGGCAGGAUAAGUUGUCUAUACUGAUUUCUGGAAAAAUACGGGUGUCAUACGAGAGGCUGAUUCUACAUUACAUCGAACCCAACCAGUUCUUAGACUCAAUAGAGUACGAGGUGAACAACUCCGAUGAUUCAACUAAGGACACAUUCCAAGUGUCUCUCACUGCUGAAGAACCGUGUCUAAUAUAUACCUGGCCCUCUGGGGCCCUCAAUGACCACUUAAAAGCCAACCCAUUCCUGGGAGCACUUCUCAACAAAAUCCUUGGUAAAGACAUCACUAUGAAACUAUAUCAGGUGCAAUACAUGAUGGCCAAUCCAGAGUCCAUGCGUUUGGUGCAGAGGAGGAACUCAUCCAUGGUGAAUGUACGCAGUGCCAUCUUUAGACGCAAUAGUGUACUUCCUCCCCAAUUAGGCAACUUUAUAGAAGAAGAUGAAACAUUUCCCUCAACACCUGACACUCUCCACCAGAAUUCCAACAACCACCAGAGCCAUCUUUCAUUCCCAAUAGACACUAAUGAUUUGAAAUGUCAACCCUCCACAAGAGUCUCAUUUGCAAUAUCUGUUGAUUCAAUCAGCUCACAGGGUACAACUGACGAUGAGAAUAUUAUAAGUAAUGGUGUCAUUGAUGAUCCUAAGCAUUACACCUUUGGUGAUGAUCCAAAGCCUGACAGAAAUUCUCAAAAUCCUUCACAUUAUAGUAAUUGUAUUGAACUUAAACAUUACAGCCAUUGUAAUGAUCCUAAGGAUAACAGGGAUUCUGAUGAUCUUCAACAUUGUGAAUGUGAUGAUCCCCAACAUCAUGAUUGUCACGACCCUAAACAUUACAAAGAUCAUGAUGACUCUAAUGAUUACAGAGAUUCUGAUGAUCCUCAAUAUUACAAUUGUGAUGAUUCUCAGCAUUUUGUUUUCAGUGAUCCUCAGCAUUUUGAUUGUGAUCAUCCACAUAACACUGACAGUGAUGAUUCUCAAAAUUACAUGGAUAGUGACCUUGAAUCUGACAAGGGAUCAAUCCAAGGAUGAAACACUCCUUAAAUGUAUAUGGUGUAUAGGCUUUCUGGCUAAAAGUUUCUCAUAAAAUUUCUUCAUAUUUUUUUGCUAGAUCACACACCUUUCCCUGUUAAUGAAACACAAGUUUUUGAAAUUGUGAUGAACAAAUGGGUGCAGUGAAUGCUGUAAUGAGGAUUAAAUAAAAACAAAAGGAGUCCCCUCAAAUUAAGGCAAUCCUUGAGGUUGUGCCUUUAAACUAGUUUUUAUAUCACUUAUCCAAUUGUUUAAAUCUGUGGAAUAUUUUUUAUGGGUUUUAAAUGUAUAAGAAGCUUUCAUAAUUGUUUAUCUUGAUGAUAGUGACAGGAGCUUUAAAACUGAAAUCAAUAUGGCACACAAGUGAAGGAAUCUGAAUAGUACUAUUGCACCCUAAUCCUAGAAUUUGAUUUGAUAAAUUGAAGAAAAAUCAAUUAAGAUAGAGAACUGUACCAUCUAUAAUGUAAAAAAUAUCUAACUGUCAUUAUCACUUGCACAAUUUACUUUUAUUUAGAACCCCUCUAAGAGCUUUUAAAAGUGAGUAAACACAGGGGAAUAUACAGUGUCACCCCUUCUUUUACAUCUAGUAGUUAUGCAAGUGUUUUUAAAGUGAAGCUUUAAAGAUGAGGUCCAAAAAUGGUAUAAUUAAGCCUCCAAAUAGCUUAUAUUUGCUACUCCUGGUUUAG